CUCACUAUACCAAGAGUGAAAGGCUAUCUGCCAUCAAGUUUCUAGCCAAACGGGCAAGUGCUUGUGCAUCGCCAUGGCAACCAAACAGCCCCCACCGCUGAUGAAGAAGCACAGCCAGACGGACCUGGUGAGCCGGCUCAAGACACGGAAGAUCUUGGGGGUUGGCGGAGAAGACGACGAUGGGGAGGUUCAUCGGUCAAAGAUUAGUCAAGUCCUGGGAAAUGAAAUCAAGUUUGCAGUCCGGGAGCCGCUGGGCCUCAGGGUUUGGCAGCUGGUUUCCGCCGUCAUGUUCUCGGGAGUCGCCAUCAUGGCCCUCACUUUCCCAGACCAGCUCUAUGAUGCCGUCUUUGACGAGGAGCCGGUGAGCAGCAAGACGCCCGUCCGGCUCUAUGGGGGAGCCCUGCUCAGUAUCUCGCUCAUCAUGUGGAACGCCCUGUAUACGGCCGAGAAGGUCAUCAUCCGCUGGACCCUGCUCACGGAGGCCUGCUACUUCGCCGUGCAGUUCCUGGUUACCACUGUCUCCCUGGUUGAGAGCAGCCGGAUAGCCACAGGUGCUGUGCUCCUCCUGGUCAGCCGAGCCCUCUUCAUCCUCAUCAGCAUUUAUUAUUAUUACCAAGUUGGACGCCGUCCCAAGAAAGUCUAAUUCCUGGACUUUCUAUCAUGGGAAGGGUGG